AUGAAUGGUCUGAAUGCAGACAUUCUGAUGCCAUCGAUGGUAACGUUAGAUCAGAAGAGAUUGGCGUUUUGCUCGACAAAACACAUCAAAAGACGUAAAACACAUCCAUUCAGAUGGUGGCCACGAAUGCGAAGACGUGCCGACAUUCCCUAUAAGACAUACAUAACCAAAGAUAACCAACAGUUUGUCGACACAUAUAUCGCCGACACUUACAGUCCAGUGAAAGGCGUGGAACUGAGUCGCGAAGAAUACACUCCCGACUCGAGAAGGUGUGGACUCAUCGCCCGUAAGAUCGGACACUACCCCAUGUGGACAAAGAGUGGUCACCGGCUGCUCACGACUGUCCUUCAGGUGGUGGACAAUCAUGUCAUAAAAUACUACUCACCGGAAGAAUGGCAGUUGAAUUGUCGGCCGUUUUAUCAGUUUCACAGAUAUAACGGUUUGGGUGUCUGUGUGGUGGGCGCCGAGAGUGCUGACCCCCGAGGGUUCACCGCCUUUUACAGAGGAUUAUUCAAUGAGUCGGGAGUUAUGCCGAAGAAUAAGUUGACGCGAUUUUUUGUGACACCAAACGCCAGACUAACGCCCGGAACACCACUCCUGGCCUCACACUUCCGGGUCGGGGAUUAUGUGGACGUUUGGGGCAAAACCAUUGAUCACGGCUUUCAGGGCGUCGUCAAGCGAUGGAACUUCAAAGGACAGGACAGAUAC